GGCCAAGGAAACAGGAUGGCUGGGAAGGAGAGGCACCAAAAGCUGCUUCCAGCAAGGUCCACGUCUCUUCUCUAAAGAGAAGUUCUGACUUCAGAGAGGCUGAAAAGCAAACACUGCAAAGCACCACAAUGGAAGGAGGCAACAGCCCAAAUCUGCAACUCCAGCAGCUGCCCUUGGCCACAGCAGCAGUUUCUGUGCAGCCACACACGGAUUCCUUCUCCUACAAGGAGAACUUGAUUGGGGCCUUACUGGCUAUUUUUGGGCACCUUGUCAGCAGCAUUGCCCUCAACCUGCAGAAGUACAGCCACAUCAGGCUGGCAGGCUCCAAAGACCCCAGGGCCUACUUCAAAACCAAGACCUGGUGGUGUGGGUUCCUCCUGCUGCUGCUGGGAGAGCUGGGAGUGUUUUCCUCCUACGCCUUCGCUCCCGUCUCGCUGAUUGUGCCGCUGAGUGCAGUGUCUGUCAUAGCUAGUGCAAUCAUAGGGAUUAUAUUUAUUAAAGAAAAAUGGAAGCCCAAGGAGUUUUUGAGACGUUACGUCCUGUCCUUCCUCGGCUGUGGGCUGGCAAUUGUUGGCACUUACCUGCUGGUGACUUUUGGACCCAACAGCCACGAGAAGAUGACAGCAGAAAACAUCACCAGGCACUUAGUGAGCUGGCCAUUUCUGCUCUACGUGCUUGUGGAGAUCAUUGUUUUCUGCCUGCUGCUGUAUUUUUACAAGGAGAAAAAUGCAAACUACAUUGUAGUUAUUCUUCUGCUGGUGGCUUUGCUGGGUUCCAUGACGGUGGUGACGGUGAAGGCUGUGGCAGGGAUGAUUGUUGUGUCCAUCCAAGGGACCCUGCAGCUGGACUCCCCCAUCUUCUACAUCAUGUUGGUGUGUAUGAUUGCCACAGCCAUCUACCAGGCCACGUUUUUAGCUCAAGCCUCCCAGCUCUAUGACUCAGCUCAGAUUGCCAGUGUUGGCUACAUCCUGUCCACAGCAGCAGCAAUCUCAGCAGGAGCGACUUUUUACUUGGACUUCACGGGGGAGGAUGUUCUGCACAUUUGCAUGUUUGCACUGGGGUGCCUCAUAGCGUUCCUGGGUGUCUUCCUGAUCACCAGGAACAGGAAGAAGCCUGUGCCCUUUGAACCAUACAUAUCCAUGGAUGCCAUGCCAGGCAUGCAGAACAUGCAUGACAAAGGGAUUGCAGUCCAGCCUGACCUCAAAGCUUCCUUCUCCUACGGGGCCCUGGAGAACAACGACAACAUGCCCGAGAUUUACACCCCGGCCACGCUGCCCAUCGUGCAGGAGCAGCACGGACCCAAAGGGGUGUCUGCCCCUCCCUACCGGGUGCUGGAGCACAGCAAAAAGGACUGAGUGACCUUAAAGGACUGGAUUUGAAUCCUCAGAAGUCUGACCUUUUAUUUAUUUACCCAUUAAAAUGCGAGCAAGUGUAAAAGCCAACCUCGACAAGCUCAUCUCCAGCUGAACCUUCCAGGCUGAUUGUUAAAGUAAGCAACUCUUUCUAAUAGCUGUGAAG